GGAAGGGCAAGGAUUAAAAUUUUUUCUCAUGAGAAUUGUGCAAUUGUAGUUGACCAUGUCUUUGUCUAUGGGAUGUUAAUGAGGGAAGCUGUACUUCACAGUAGCCUCUAUAACCUCGGCCUUCAGAGGAGAAUAUAGCAGGUUAUCACCAUCAGGGCCACCAGCUCUGAGCCAGGAUUAAUCUUGACCAGAAGCUGGACAGCCGCCACGGCAUCCUGAAACCCACCACACCUCUUCCAUCCACCUCCUUCCUCCGGCAGGCUCAUCCCAGCAGCAUGCUGCUGCCUCUCAGGAUGUUGGGCCUCCUCAUGCUCAUGUUUUCACUGUGCGAUGCAGACACUAGGUGUUUUGAUGACCCUCCCAUCCUGGAUCCUCCAGAGGUUCUAGGCGAAUAUGGAACGUCAGUGAAGGUCAACUGUACAAGCACAGAUGAGUAUCAUGAUGGGAUACACUGGACGGUUGGAAACAAUGACUCUAAAAUUGAAUAUGACGAUAGUUUUAUUACCGCUGAUGUGCCACUGUCAGACUGGGACGUAACGGCAGUGUGUAUAAUGAAGCUGAGUGGAGGUCUGGUUUGCAGCAAAGAGCUUGAAAUCACCAUAUACAAGAAUCCAGACCAGCCCAUUGUGUUUCCUGUAAAGCAUGCACCUGCGGUGGAAGGGACACCUUACAGGCUGCAGUGUAAUAUCGAUGAUGUUGCUCCUGUUCGAAACCUCAUUGUGAGGUGGUACAAAGACAAUGAAACCAUCAAAACAGACCAUUUCACAAAAGCAACCAAAACACCAGUAAGUGAGUCGUCUACUCUGACAGUCGACAUCAGCAGAAAAGAAAACGGAGCUCAGAUUUCAUGUGAGGCUCAGCUGGACUUUGGGCCACUUGGAUCACCACCUCCGGUUAUUUCUGACAUACACACGGUUUCUGUGCACUAUGCUCCUGAGCUCAAGAACAAAACCGAAGAUGUUUAUGUGUAUGAUUAUGAUGAUGUCAGCCUGAGCUGUGAAGCUGAGGGCUGGCCUUCUCCUGUCUUUCACUGGACAUGUGAUGGGCUGAAUGUCUCGGGGAACAUGGAUAAUCUUAACAUCACUCAAGUAAGAACCAGCACAACCUGCUUCUGCACAGCCAAAAACUAUCUGGGAAACACGACGAAGCAUAUCAAUGUUCACAUGAUGCAAAGGGUCUCUGAACCCCCCCACGCAGCUCCUGCAGACCCUGCAGCCAUUACCACACCUGAGCCAACAACACCAAGAGCUUGCCCUAUAGUAUUGACGCCUGCUGAAAUGGUGGUGAGAUUUGGAGAUCCAGCCUCAGCUAACUGCAGCACAUCCGAGGAUGUUGCGGGAAUGGGCUGGGAGGCCACAUCUGGAGGCACAGGGUUUGAAGACGGUCCUUUUCUCCUCUGGACGGUUGACCAAGUGAAAGUCUGGACCAUCAAUGCUUAUUGCUACAUUACUCGUCAAGAUAACAGCCAGUGCAAUUCGUCAAUCACUGUCACCGUUUACAAGACUCCAGACGCUGUGGAAGUCUCCACGUCUGAUCCAGAUCCCAUGGUGGAGGGCACAGAGCGUGAGCUAAACUGUGACAUUAUCAGUGUGGCUCCUGUGCAGAAGCUCAAAGUGAAGUGGUACCGCGAUGAUGAGAUGGUGCACACAGACAUGUUUAAUGACACCAGUCUGGUUCCAGUAAAUAAGCACUCUACAUUGAAAGUCAUUCCUGAGAGAGUUAACAACGGAGCACUUUACAGAUGCAAGGCUGAGCUGCACCUUGGACCCAAUGGGUCAGAGGCCAUCCCGACUGUAACUUCACCACCUUACACUGCUAAUGUGCUCUAUAAACCAGUGAUCACAGAUUGUCACAACAGUUAUGCUGGUUUGGAACAUGAGUUCAGUCUGGACAUGGUGCCCUGUAAAGCUGAUGGGAACCCCCCUCCCACUGUUCAGUGGUCCUAUAAAGGAGAACUGAUCAAUGCGUCUGAGCCCCUCAUCAGGAAUAAAGCAGGAAAGUACACAGCUGAAAUGGAAAAUAGCCUCGGCAAGACCAGCACCACUGUGGAUAUCAAAAUCGAAUAUGGCCCUGUGUUUACCUGUGAUGAUCACUAUGAGGUUGAAGAGAAGGGUGAGCUCCAGUGUGAACCAAAGGGAGAACCUAAGCCUGAAAUCACCUGGUUUAAAGAUGGAACAAAGAUUGUUCCCCCACACCAGUGGAAAAAGCAUGAUAGUGGAAAAUACUCACUUGAAGCAACCAACAAACAUGGAAAAGCCAAUCACACGCUCACUCUUGAUAUUUUGUAUAAACCAGUGAUCACAGAUUGUCGCAACAGUUAUGCUGGUUUGGAGAAUACGUUCAGUCUGGACAUGGUGCCCUGUAAAGCUGAUGGGAACCCCCCUCCCACUGUUCAGUGGUCCUAUAAAGGAGAACUGAUCAAUGCGUCUGAGCCCCUCAUCAGGAAUAAAGCAGGAAAGUACACAGCUGAAAUGGAAAAUAGCCUCGGCAAGACCAGCACCACUGUGGAUAUCAAAAUCGAAUAUGGCCCUGUGUUUACCUGUGAUGAUCACUAUGAGGUUGAAGAGAGGGGUGAGCUCCAGUGUGAACCAAAGGGAGAACCUAAGCCUGAAAUCACCUGGUUUAAAGAUGGAAAAAAGAUUGUUCCCCCACACCAGUGGAAAAAGCAUGAUAGUGGAAAAUACUCACUUGAAGCAACCAACAAACAUGGAAAAGCCAAUCACACGCUCACUCUUAAUAUUUUGUAUGCACCUGAGAUCAAGGAGAAAAAUGAGACUAAGAGCGUGACAUCGGGCAAAAAUGUGACGUUUGACUGCAGUGCUGAUGGCAACCCUUCCCCUGAGAUCCAGUGGAUGUACACCUCUGCAGUGAAUGUGAGAAAUACCACCAGGGGGAGCCAGAAGAGCAUCAACAUCACAGGAGCCACGUCUACCAAUGCUGGUGUUUACAUCUGUACUGCCACGAAUAGAGUUGGGCAUGUGACAAGAUUUGUCACACUGGUGAUCAAAGGUGAAACCAGCGGUCCCUUAAAACUAAUUUGGUGGCUACUGAUAAUCAUAUUGAUCAUCGCAUUCGUCGUCUUCCUCAUGAUAUUUGCCUACAAGUCCAGCACAAGACAUGGGCGAUAUAGUUUCGUCCCUGACAAAGCCAAUGAAAGUUCAAAUAUCCCGAUGACUACCCUGUCUAACGGGGUGCAAGCUUAGGAUGUGUAUUCCUUACUGAAUGAGAGAUUAAGAUUAGUAUGUAAUUUGUGUGGAUGAUAGAAUGACAUGUAAAUAUUGUGUUUACAUUUUAACAUUGAUAUAGUGGUGUGGUUUGAAGACAGAUGUAAAAAUUAUUAGUCAAGAGCUCUUGUUUGCUAAGAAGUGUAUCAUAGCAUUUCAUUAUUUCAUUUUUCAUUUUUUCCUAUCUUUUAGAUUUGUUUUAAUCCUUAAUAGAGUUACACAAUAGCCUGGGUUGAUGUCUUGUGUUUAUAUUUGGAAAUGUCAUUGCUUUCUACAGGAUUUUUUCAACUUUUUUCCCUUUACAAAACAGUUUUAUAUUAUUGUUAUUGUUUGCAUUGUAAUCCCUUUGGAAUGUUGUUCACAUCAAAUAACAUCAUUGUACAGCUGCAUAAUAAAGAUGA